UCAGACUCAGACACAACCAAAAACAUUUACAGAAAAAUGCAGCACUGAACGACGUCAGAAUGUGUGGCAGCGACCGGGAGAGGUACGGCAGCGUCUUCGAGAGUCGCACAUGCCAGUAGACGAAGCUCCCGAUGACGAUGCAGUUCGACAAACAUACAAUUUUGCCCCAGGAUAUCAUGGACUCGUAUACCGCGCAGACGGUCCCGAUCAUGGUGGUAGCUACGCUGCAGAGAAACGUGGCGAACCUGACGAGACGAGCAAGAGCGGCGAGUCCGAGCAGGUGUCUUCCUCGCAGGAGAAGCUCGAUGAUACCAGGUACAUGUUGCAGAGCAUGAAAUGGGGUCUAAUUCCCUUCUGGACGAAGCGCAACCCCGACUACGGAUCCAUGAUGAAAACAAUCAACUGUCGCGACGACUCUCUCUACGACGACCGUGGCAUGUGGACGAGCAUGAAGAAGAAAAAGCGAUGCAUCGUCAUUGCCGAGGGCUUCUACGAGUGGUUGAAGAAGAACAAUGGCAAAGAAAAGAUCCCCCACUUCACCAGGCGCAAGGACGGCCAACUCAUGUGCUUCGCAGGGUUGUGGGACUGCGUCAAAUAUGAUGAUAGUGACGAGAAGCAUUACACGUAUACAAUCAUCACGACCGAUUCGAACAGCCAACUCAAGUUCUUACACGACCGCAUGCCCGUGAUCCUCGAAAACGGGUCGGAAGCGCUUCGAACAUGGCUGGAUCCUAAGCGCGACGAAUGGAGCAAAGACCUACAGAGCCUGCUCAAGCCGUUCGAGGGGGAGCUAGAAUGCUACCCUGUAAGCAAGGACGUUGGCAAGGUCGGCAACAAUUCGCCAACGUUCAUCGUGCCUAUUGAUAGCAAAGAGAACAAGAAUAACAUUGCCAAUUUCUUUGGUAACCAACGAAAGGCCGCCAAGGCGAAGACCGAUAGCGACGUAAUGGGAAAACCUGCAGACACUUUGAAGGAGGAGCCAGAGAGCAAAGGAAUCAAAGUGGAACACGACGUCAAUGAGACCCGUGAAACGACCAACCGAGUAGAAGGUACCGAAGACAAUGCGCCACUGCCAGUUCCAGCGCAGUCGAGAGGUAUCAAACGGGAGCGCAGCGAAGGUGGUGAUGGCGAUGGUGACACAGCAGACCGUGUACCCCAACAGAAGCUGAAGGGGUGGAGCGCAUCCCCACAGAAGAGUGCCGCGAGGUCACCUGUCAAGAAGGCAAAGACCAGGAGCGCGACGAGCAAUUCCAACGCAGCGGCAGCGAAGGGCAGUCCGGUUAAGGGAGAUGGCACUCGAAAGAUCACGUCGUUCUUCAGCAACAAGUGAAGUGGGCGGGUGAACCGGAAGUUUGGGCUCGGAGAAGGCGAUGACCAGUCAUCAUGUGGUUGGAUUUUGCUGCGCCGAUAUAAGGUCAAGCAGGUCGAUAUGCCUUUGGAUCUAGGGUAUCUAUUAUUGCGCGC